AAAUGAGUAUGAUCUCUCACCGAACGAAUAAUACAUACAUAUGUAUCGUGCUUAUAGCACUUUAGAAACCAGUACCUACUUACGUGACUAGGCAGUAUGGCAGUCGGCUGCUUGUAAUGCACGAAUCGAGUGUGUAUAAAAUUAUUGUCGCCGUAUAUCGACUAAUGAUUUCACCAUGACUCAAUCAAGUCUUAUCAUGGUUCAGCAUUAAAGAAUGAAUUAUUGGUAUAUUCUUCUUUUAUUCUGCUGUUUUAUAAUAUCGCUUCAAUUAGUGGCCACAAAGUCAGCACAUUGACAUUGACAGGUGGUAGUUGUCAUUUUCUGGUCGCGUCGUUGGAGGUUAUAGCAUCAUGUUUGCAACACUAAAGAAUAAAAUAAGAGAGGAAAUAGGGAGUGACGUGUCAACUGUCGUUAGAAAUGCCGGCAAUGUGCGUGGUAUCAAUUCAAGGCAUAUGUCUCAGACAGGAUCCACAAGUAGCAUUAGUGGAUCUCAACUGUCAUUAGAUGGUUCUCGCGAAGAAAAUGCAGCAUCGCCUUCACCACCUAUUUCUUUAAAAAAAGAUAACAGUUUUGAUCUUAAAUUAAAUGAUGGAAUGCAACUUUCUGCCAAGGAUAUUAAAAAAUUUGAAAGCAGAGAAGAUGAAUGGCGGAAAAGAUUAGCCAAAAAAGAAGCAGAGUUACUAAAACGAAUGGAAAAAAAAGAAGAAGAGUGGAAAGUAAGACUUUUUGAAAAAGAAAGAGAAUGGAAAAAAGUUGUUGAAAAGCAAGAAAAAGAGAAAAGCAAAUUAGAAGAGGAAUUACAAAAUAUAGAACGCACAAAACAUUCAUUGGAGUUAUCUUUAAAAGAUGCUGAAGAAUAUAAAAAGAAGUUAUAUAGUUUUCAAGAAGAUGCAGAGCAGCUAGAAGGUUUCCAAACUCAAGAAAUGGCAAAAAUAAAACAUUUAUUGUUGGCCAAAGAACAAGAAGUGGAAGAGAAAACGCAUCAUUUAAAAGCAGCUACUGCAGAAAUUGACAAUUUAAAAAGUGAAGUUUCUCGCCUAAGGAGAUACGAAGAUGAGUUGAACAAUGUACAGGAUGAAAUGGAAACAUUACGUCAUUCUACUCAACGAGAGAGGGCUCAACUUUCCUGUCAGCUAGCGCAAACUGAAGAAGAAGUACGUCAUCUAAAGGAUAAAGUUUUUGUGUUAGAACAAAGAAUUGCUUUAGAGACUAAUGAUCAAGUAACUGUUGAUGAAAGAAUAGCUGAUCUUAUGAGAGAAAGAGCAUUAUUAGAAAGGAAGUUAGAGGAAGCACAUCUUCAUCUGUCUGAUAUAAAGACUAGUUGGUCAGGGAAAAUAUCUAGUUUGGAAACACAAGUUGGAAGACUUAGUAGACAAGCUGGUGAGGAAGGUUUAGAAAGAAGACGGGUUGAAGAGGAAAGUGAAAAACUGAAGCAAAGGAUCAAGCAGCUAGAAGCUGAAAUAGAGGUGAACAAUGUUGUCAUGGCGACGAAAGACGCCAAGCUUUUGCGCAUGGCAGAGGACAUCGACGAGAUGGCCACGGAACUAAAAGAGCUCCGGGCCAGCGUCGAUGAUGAGGUGGAAGAGUUUAAGCGACAAAUUGAAUCAUCUUCUAAGGAAAUCUUCCAGCUGAAGGAGAGUCUGUCCGAAGCAACGUCGAAGCUUACAACUGUCACUUCUGAAUUGGCACACGUUCGUCUAUCUCUGGAAGGUGAACGAACAAAUAAUUCCUCCUUGCAUUUGGAAGUAGCUCGCUUAAGGGAAGAUUUAGAGUCGGAACGAACUUCUUCGGCAACCUUAAGGGUGUGCUUAGAGAAGGAGAAAGGUGAAAAAGAUUCUGCUUUAUUGAGAAAUGCUCAAGUUUCUCAGGACAUCGAAAUUGUAAAACAGGAAAAUCGACGCCAAGAAAUUGAAAAUGCGGAACUACAAAGUAGAAUAGAAACUUUAGAACAUAAUUUACAAAGUAAAAGCAAGGAAAUUGAACAAGCAAUGGUAACAUUAGAAGAAACAAAGAAACGGAUGGUGGAGUUGGAAGAAGUGGAACGAAGUAGAGAUAAAAUGGAGAAAAGCGAGAAGGUUCUUAAAAGUAGUUUAAUGGAUCUAGAAGAACAACUGAAUGAAAAGACCAAGACAAUCAAGGUAUUGCAACAACGGCUAACAGACAUGAAGAAGACUCUUCACCGAGAGUUAAGAGUUCCAUCUUCGUCACUGGAUAGUGAUGCUGAACCUUCUGCUGCGAUUCUCAAGCCUAGUUCGUCGAAGACAGUCACUGCCAGGCACAACACUACAAGAGAUGAUGAUGUCAACUUCAAAUACCUUAAACAUGUUCUCAUAAAGUUCCUAACAAGUAGGGAAUAUGAGGCUCUUCACUUAACUAGAGCGGUUGCUACUCUUCUACAUUUUUCACCGGAAGAGGAACGAUUGUUACAAGAAACUUUGGAAUGGAAAAUGUCGUGGUUUGGUACACGGCCUAAUUUAGGUUUCGGACAGACUGCCAAAGCGAUACCACCUAGCUGAUAGCUGAAACAAAUUUCUCUUUCUAUAGAUAUCAUAAAAGUGGCCACUAAUUCGUGGUUAAAGUCGAAAGAUUGGGUUGUGUCGAUAAUUGAUCGCACAUGAUAAAACAUACUUGAAAAAUUAGCAAAAGAUACAAUGAUAGGAAAGAUUUAUAAGCUAGAAGUUUCAUAAAUUUUGUAAUAUAUUUAGCAUUUAUAACACGUAUAUAUAAUUUAUUCUCGAAAGCUAUGAGUAUCGUCAUGGCAAGCUUCGAAGACAUGCAGUAUAUUGUAUAACGUCAAACAUUAUUUAGGUAAAAAUUUAUAAGUUGAACAUACAAGAUCUUUAAUAUUCGCUGUGUGUAAUGACAUUGAGGGUAAAGAAUAGGAGAAUGAAAGCAUUCGAUGCAUAAUAUACACUCGGAAGUGAGUCACGAUACGUGUUUAUUUCCGUAUGCAAAUGCUAGAACAUACUUAACUUUGCAAUAUUUAAUACGCAAAAAUUAUAUCUAAAUUUAUUUACAUAUACGAUCGUAUAGCGUUGCAAAUAAUUUGACUUUAAUUAUCAAGAGGAGUAUUUAACUUCCAACUUUGUUAUAUUAAAAUCCUGAUGUAAUACUUUUAUACAUGAAAAAUAUUGUACCAUGCAUUUUUUACCUUGCCUUUUUUUAUGCAUAACUGGUCUUAAUUGAAGUACAUGGGUAUAAGUUAAAAAGUGUUGCAUCAUCGUUCUAUGAUGUGAGCAACUUAGGAAUCGAAAACGUCUAAUAUUCUUUAAUGAUGGCUGCAGGUCGGUUAUAAAUAAUAAAGCUUUGUUAAUUACGGAGCUAAAAUAUAAUUGCCAUAAUUAUUAUUUGUGAUAUGAACAUUGCAUUGGUGCCAUGUUCAUAAUUGUAAAUAAUGCCGUAGUGUUUCUGUAAGAGGUAAUUAAAGUACACAAAGCCGAAUGAUUUUUUAGAAAGAGUAAUUUAUUUUAUUUUUAUCUAGUAAUGAAGCGAAAUGAUUGUCACUUUUGUCUGUGGUAUUUAUUUUCUGAUGUUUAUGUAAUUAUUUUAAUAUUAACAACAAAGUUAUAUGGACAGUAAACAUUUGUAAUUAUAAGAGAAGAAUAUUGACAUAUUGCUGUAUCUCAAUUAGAUAGAUAAAUGUACAUGAAAACAGAAUACUUAUUUUUCAUGUGCAAAUUAUUCAAGAGCGCGAAUAUUUUUGUUUAUCGACUACUUAUUUAUUGAAGUAUUUUGUGAAUUUAAGACUGUACUUAGACUUCGGUAUCUAAUACUGCAAAUUGUUGCAAUUAUAUCGAUUUAAUAAAUUCUAAAAAUAUUUCGGCUCAAUGGAAUUCCUUUCAUUUAUCGUUAAAUAUUCAAAGACAAGCAAGAAGAUCUUUCGAAUGUUCAAAACUAUUCGGUAAGAUUAUAGACUACUAAGGAAUAAAUCAAAUUGUUACACAUCG